UCUGGCUGGAAAGACUGCAACGAGAUGGGCUCGGUGAAAAGGUCUGUCGCGUCGGAGAAGUGUUUCCCGUGCUGGCAAGAAAACCUACACAGUUAACGACCUUUUUCUGUGUCUCUCUCGCUUUUUGUGUGUUCAAUUCCUAUAACACUCGCCACUGACUGUUGUUGUCAGUGUUUUUUUAGUAGAAAGGGUUGGCGUGGGUUAAACGGAGAAACUUUCCUAAGAAGUAACAACGAGGUAGGUUUGAGGAGGUGUGUGUCAGGAUGGCCCAGUGGAACCAGUUACAGCAGCUGGAGACCAGGUAUCUGGAGCAGCUCUACCACCUGUACAGUGACAGCUUCCCCAUGGAGCUACGACAGUUCCUCGCCCCGUGGAUUGAGAGUCAGGACUGGGCUUACGCUGCCAACAAGGAGUCCCACGCCACGUUGGUGUUCCACAACCUCCUGGGGGAGAUAGACCAGCAGUAUAGCCGUUUCCUGCAGGAGAACAAUGUCCUCUACCAGCAUAACCUGCGCAGGAUUAAACAGCAUCUGCAGAGCAAGUACUUGGAGAAGCCGAUGGACAUUGCCCGCAUUGUUGCCCGCUGUCUGUGGGAGGAGCAAAGACUCCUGCAGACUGCCACCACUGCUGUGCAGGAUGGCCAGGCUUCACAUCCCACGGGGACGGUAGUGACAGAGAAGCAGCAGAUUCUGGAGCACAACCUCCAAGACAUCAGGAAGCGGGUGCAGGAUAUGGAACAGAAGAUGAAAAUGCUUGAGAACUUGCAGGACGACUUUGACUUCAAUUACAAGACAUUGAAAAGUCAAGGAGAGUUGUCCCAGGACCUAAAUGGAAAUAGCCAAGCAGCUGCUACCAGGCAGAAGAUGGCCCAGCUGGAGCAGAUGCUGAGCGCCCUGGACCAGCUGAGGAGGCAAAUUGUGACAGAGAUGGGAGGCUUGUUGACCGCCAUGGAUUACGUGCAGAAGAACCUGACCGAUGAAGAACUAGCAGACUGGAAGAGAAGGCAGCAGAUCGCCUGUAUCGGAGGUCCACCGAACAUCUGCCUGGACCGCCUCGAAACAUGGAUCACCUCCCUGGCUGAGUCCCAGCUCCAGAUUCGUCAGCAGAUCAAGAAGCUGGAGGAGCUUCAGCAGAAGGUGUCCUACAAAGGAGACCCCAUCAUCCAGCACCGGCCCGCCCUGGAGGAGAAGAUCGUGGACUUGUUCAGAAACCUGAUGAAGAGUGCUUUUGUGGUGGAAAGACAGCCAUGUAUGCCCAUGCAUCCAGACAGACCUCUGGUCAUAAAGACAGGAGUGCAGUUCACAAAUAAAGUGAGGUUACUGGUAAAGUUUCCUGAACUCAAUUACCAGCUGAAAAUUAAAGUUUGCAUUGACAAGGAAUCUGGGGACGUGGCUGCAAUUCGAGGGUCACGAAAGUUUAAUAUCCUCGGUACCAACACAAAAGUUAUGAACAUGGAAGAAUCCAACAAUGGCAGCCUGUCAGCGGAGUUUAAACACUUGACCCUGAGAGAACAGAGGUGUGGUAAUGGUGGCCGGACCAAUAGUGACGCCUCUCUGAUUGUCACCGAGGAGCUCCAUCUUAUCACUUUUGAGACGGAAGUCUAUCAUCAAGGCCUGAAGAUCGAUCUGGAGACUCAUUCCCUGCCUGUGGUCGUCAUUUCCAACAUCUGCCAGAUGCCCAACGCCUGGGCUUCCAUCCUGUGGUACAACAUGCUCACUAACCACCAAAAGAAUGUGAACUUCUUCACCAAGCCUCCAGUGGGGACGUGGGACCAGGUGGCCGAGGUUCUCAGCUGGCAGUUCUCCUCCACCACCAAGCGAGGCCUGACCAUCGAACAGCUCACCACGCUGGCUGAGAAAUUACUAGGGCCAUGUGUCAACUACUCUGGCUGUCAGAUCACCUGGGCCAAGUUCUGUAAGGAAAACAUGGCUGGCAAAGGCUUCUCCUUCUGGGUGUGGCUGGACAACAUCAUUGACCUGGUGAAGAAGUACAUCCUGGCACUGUGGAACGAAGGGUAUAUCAUGGGCUUUAUCAGUAAGGAGAGGGAGAGGGCCAUUCUUAGUCCGAAACCCCCCGGCACAUUUCUGCUGCGCUUCAGUGAAAGCAGCAAGGAGGGCGGCAUCACAUUUACAUGGGUAGAAAAAGACAUCAGUGGGAAGACCCAGAUGCAGUCAGUGGAGCCCUACACCAAGCAGCAGCUCAACAGCAUGUCCUUUGCCGACAUCAUCAUGGGCUACAAGAUCAUGGAUGCCACCAACAUCCUCGUUUCGCCCCUCGUGUAUCUCUACCCCGACAUCCCCAAAGACGAAGCCUUUGGGAAAUACUGCAGGCCAGAAACCGCUCCUGAGCCCGAGAUGGGAGGAGACUCUACGAACACUAUUCAGCCAUACCUGAAGACAAAGUUCAUCUGCGUUACCCCGUGUCCCUCCGUGUUCAUGGACUUGCCGGACAGUGAGCUGCUUGGGAACGGAUUCCCAGGCACAAACUCUGGAAACACCAGCGACCUGUUCCCCAUGUCGCCUCGCACCCUCGACUCCCUCAUGCACAAUGAAGUCGAGGCUAAUCCAGCACAUUUGGCUUCAAUUUGGUUUUCUACUGCAGAGUCCAUCACCCUGGACAUGGAUGUAGCGUCACCAAUGUGAAGACGUGUGUCGAGUGUCUUCAUUUCCUUCGUUGGGAUGGGGUGUUAUGUCACGAUGGAGGAUUACAUGAUUUAUUUUCUCCCUCUGCCUGUACAGUUUGUUUCUUCCUGUGUAAAAACAACGACCUGCUUUCACACCAAAAAGGGGAGAGGGGGGGGGGGCCGGAUGAUCUGGAAAGAUAUUCUUUUAAAUAGCGUUUCCCCUCAUUUAAGUUUUGACUUUCCACACAGUGUGUGAAACCGUUGAUUGAUACUGACAUGUUGUAUUUUAAGCAGCUUCCUGCUCCCAUCCAUUACUUCCCCAUCUGCAUAGAUGUCUUGAGUACUCUUUUAAGUAUCUGGAAUUAUAUUUUUUGAGAACAUUGUAUUUUUGCGUUAUUGACUUUUUAAAAAAAAUGGUUAUGAAUUCACAUGUUCUUUUCUUUGAAUAAGAAAAUGUAAGUAGAAUCAUUGUUGUAUAAGCUACGUGGCUACUGUUUGAUGCGUUUAAUGGUCCUUUGGAAGAUGUAACGUCGGAUUUGUAUCCCAGGCGCUCCACAAUAACUUGGUUUCAUUUAAAAUGGAAAUAUUUCUUAUAUUUCUCACAUCCAUUUGAAGCGUUAACAAAAUGCAGACAGAAGAAAAGACAAUUAAAGGAAUUAAAGACAUUUCUGAUGUUAUUUUCCUGUGAGAUUAUUUCCCCCUAUAUGCUGUAUAAAACCUGUAAAAGUUGUAUUUUGACUCCCACUUAAAUACUGUAAUUAGUGAUCAUGUGAAUUGCACUUGCUUUUGAAAUGAGCGGUUUGUUUUUGUUCUUCCUGAAUUCACCUGAUCACAUGUGUAAUGUAAAGCAUUUUAUGAACAAUUUCUUUUCAGACAAACUUGUUAUCAAAGUAAUGUAAUCAGAGUGUACACAGUGAGCAGCGUCGACUUUAACCUUUCAUACAGUCGAGUAAACCCCGUUGAGUUGAAGCCACUUCUGUCUGUCAUGACAUGAAAUGUCAAGAAGAUUUCUGUAAGAUACGCUGUAACUCUUCUUCGUUUGACAAUAAAAACAAGUUAGCACUAAAAGGAA